GGAUCCGCACCUUCAAGCCGACAGCAGCUCACUGACUUUUACUCGCAAGUCCUCGAAUCCUCUCAUCAUUAUUAUUAACUUCUCAGAUUUCAUCACCAACUUCAGCUCCAAAUGUCCUACAGAUCCAAAUAUAAUGAUUCCAGCUCAGCGAAAACAGAGAUCGAUUUCACUUCGCCUGCUCUGGCGGUGAUGGGAGUCGAGCAGCUCCUUUUUGCAGCGGGAGCCAUCAACAGUCCUGCCAAUGAGGUCUGGCCCCGACUUUAUAUAGGAGACAUGAAAUUUGCAGAGAAUCGUGAGGAGCUUCGCAGGCAAAACUUCACACACGUGCUGAACUGUGCUCACAACUUCAGGCGGAGCAAUGACUUCUACUCUGGAACGGGAAUCACGUAUCUGGGUAUUGAAGCCCGCGACUCGCCUGCCUAUAACAUCAGCGUCCACUUUAAUACAGGAACAGAGUUCAUUCAUAACGCACUCAGGACGGGAGGUAAAAUCCUGGUGCACUGCCACGUGGGCGUGAGCCGCUCGGCCACCAUCGUGUUGGCGUAUCUGAUGCUGAAGCACAACAUGAACCUGGUGGAGGCUGUUAAACACGUUAAACAGGGGAGAAUGAUCAUACCCAACAGGGGCUUCCUCCGACAGCUCAUCGAACUACACGUCAAACUGUACGGCUACAGAUCCUGAGCACAUGAACACACUCUCACAACACCUGAGAGUUCAGCAGAGACCUUAUGGCAAUGACAUAAUGGUGGUUUGGCAACACACAAUAAAAACAUAAGACUGUUGUUAGCUUCUAAGACAGAGGAAGGUUAUUAAGAGAUAUUAACAGAUGUGUUUUAUAAUGUUUAUAAAACCGCCUAUUUUACUGAUGUUGAACUGACAACAA